GAGGACCAGAGGACCAGAUGAUGUAUAAGCAGACUACUGCUCCUUUGGCCAUUUUAAGUCAUUCUCUUAAGACAAGAAUGUCAUUCAUACCCCAUUAAUGAAUCCAGAGACAAAAUAUCUUUAUAGCCUCUAAAUGAACACAUGGCUUUGGUGCCUUCAUCUGACAGAUCUGUGGGACCUGUAUAAUCUGGAGGACAAAUACUGGUGCUUGAGGAAACUUUAUGAGGAUUUGUUUUUAAUGCAGGCAUCUUUAACAACUGGUCCUUCAGUACGUAAUGUCAGUGUUGUUCAUGACAUAAAGAAACUCCAUUUUUUAUGGAUGGUAACGAUUUUUCAAAAAGUACAGUAGAUUAAUUCUAACUAUUUACUCAAUAGAAAAAUGGUUGAUGCUGAGAAGAAUCUAUAUACGCUCUCGGAUUGCAAUGAGAGUUUCAAAUGGUUCCGAACGAGGUUUGAUAUGAAAGGUUAUGAGGUCAACAAGACCGAGAGAGAGUUGUGUGUGUGUUUGAUGUUGACAGGCUGUCACCAGACACACUGAUAAGUUGGAUUCUGCACAUUCCUAAUGACCCUGCUGACCACAAACGCACACACACACACACACACACCUGUUGACUGUGCUGCCAGGGUAUAAAAGAGUCAACCUCACCUGCGUAGGGCAGACAUUGCCCCACACACACACACCGUUGAUUACCACUCAAGAUGCUUAGCAGCACCCUAUAAGGGACAAUUAUUAAUUUGGGCUCUCAUAAACAUGCCUUUUAAGUCUUUAUUGUAAUAAAUGACAGCCGUUUCAAAUCACCAGCACCUUCAAAUGAACACUGGUUGAUACCUAAUUCUUACCUUACUUCUUUUGGAGACCUGGACUCACAGAUAGAUGGACACGCCACCCAUGGGUCUCUUGCUUAUUCUGGCUCUAUCCCUGCUCUGCUGUCUACCUCACCCAGCCACACCGACCGGGCUAGCGCACAACGGCUCAGGGGUUCCAUACCUGAGCUCUACGUUGGUAGAGGAGGCUCUGAAAAGGGCUUUAGAACGAACUAAUGCUGCCUACGCCCACACCAACGAGAGAGUGAAGGCAUCUCUAUCGGAGGGUGCUGUGAGACCCAGCGACCUACUAGCCCAGUUCAAACAGAUCGGCCCCCAGACCAGGAGCCACAUCAAGGCUGCCGAGCUGCUGGACAAUACAGUGGAACUGAUCAGAGAGAUGGUCUACACCAGUACAAUGCCCCAGUCCAGUCUACCUGACCUUUUGAGUGAGGAGGACAUGCAGGUUCUACUGCAGGCUACAGGCUGUUCCUCUGAGAUGCAGAGACCUCUCUGUAAGACUGGCUGUCUGUCUGAACGCUACCGCUCAUUCACCGGGGAGUGCAACAACAGACAGCACCCUAAGUGGGGUGCAGCCAACACCCCGUACUCCCGCUGGCUCCCCCCAGAGUACGAGGACGUCAGAGGGGUCCCUAGGGGCUGGGACCCUGAACACACCUACUAUAACUACACCCUGCCCCCGGUGCGCCUGGUAUCCCAGGAUGUUCUAUACACCCACAAUGAGAACAUCUCUCUGGACUCAUCUCUGUCCCACCUGCUGGUGGAGUGGGGUCAGUGGAUAGACCAUGACUUCGCUCUGACCCCUCAGAGUCCUAGUACAGCUGCCUUCAGGACCGGGGCCGACUGCACCCGCACCUGCAGCCGGGACACUCCCUGCUUCCCUAUACAGAUCCCGCUGUCAGACCCUCGUACCGGUAUCCAGAGCUGCAUGCCUUUCUUCCGCUCGGCACCCAGCUGUGUCGGGAGCGGAGCUUUCCCCGGGGCCACACUCCACCAUCACCGGGAGCAACUGAACGCCAUCACCUCAUUCGUAGAUGCCAGUAUGGUUUACGGUAGCUCCUCCCCCCUGGCCGCGGCCCUGAGGAACCACUCCUCUCCACUGGGUCUGCUGGCCCUCAAUGACCAGGCCUCAGACCAGGGCCUCGGCUACUUGCCCUACCUGCCUCGCCUGCAGGGACGCCUGGAUCCCUGUGGGCCACGAAGCGGGCCUGGGGCCAACACCACCGGAGCCACAAGUGCCUCUGAGACAUCUGCUACUGCACCAACAGAACAGGAGAAUAUUACAUCCUGUUUCCAAGCAGGUGACUCACGGGCCAAUGAGCACCUGGGGAUGAUAGCGCUCCACACAUUGUUCCUGAGGGAACACAACAGAUUGGUCAGAGAGCUGCACCUCCUCAACCCUCACUGGAGCCCAGACACCUUGUACCAGGAGGCCAGGAAGAUCAUGGGGGCUGUUCACCAGAUACUGACCUGGGAGCACUACCUGCCCAGGGUCCUGGGUGAGACCACCACCUCCCUCCUGAUGCCUCCGUACGGGGGCUACGACCCUGAGACUGACCCCAGCAUCGCUAACGUCUUCUCAGCCGCCGCAUUCCGCUUUGCCCACGUCACCGUGCAGCCGAUGGUGGCCCGCCUUGGCCCCGGGUACAGCCUCGCCCCACAGCACCCACCUCUGCCCCUACACCACUCCCUUUUCGCAUCCUGGAGGGUCGUACAGGAGGGUGGUAUAGACCCAGUGCUGCGUGGCCUACUCCUCUCCCCAGCCAAGCUCCAGAUGCCAGGCCAGAUGAUGGUUGAGGAGCUAACUGAAAGACUGUUCCAGGCCCAGGGUGGGAUGCCACUAGACCUGGGAGCCCUCAACCUACAGCGGGGCCGAGACCACGGCUUGCCUGGUUACAGCUCGUGGCGUGGGCUUUGUGGUCUCUCUGUUCCCAACACCACCUCUGACCUGGCAGGUAUCCUGGGUAACCCUGGUCUGGCUGAGAAGUUCCUGUUGUUGUACGGUACGUCCCAGAACAUCGACGUAUGGGUGGGGGCCAUCUCAGAGCCUCCUCUACCUGGGGGCCGGGUGGGACCCCUCCUGGCCUGUCUACUGGCCAGGCAGUUCAGAGCACUGAGAGACGGAGACAGGUUCUGGUGGGAGAGAGAUGGUGUGUUCACCAGCACCCAGAGAGCUCACCUCCACACCGUGUCCUUAUCCCGUAUCAUCUGUGACAACACACACAUCACACGUGUUCCCUCCGACCCCUUCAGCCGUACGGUCAGCCCAGAAGACAUGCUGGCCUGCAGCCACCCCCUCAUCCCACACCUUAACCUCUCUGCCUGGAAGGAGCCCGACACAGAUCCCCGUUGUGGUCCAGUCCCCAGGUUACAGUCAGGCUACUCUCUGCUCUGUGACGCCAUCAUCUACUACCAGUGUGGUCCAGGCUAUCAGCUGAUUGGUCCAUCCUCUGUGACCUGUGACCCCAACAACUAUCAGUGGAGUCCAGCUCCCCCAACCUGCCACGAUGUCGAUGAGUGUGCCGAUCAGCCAAACCCGUGCCCCCAAAACAUGGACUGCCUCAACACACCUGGGGCAUAUACGUGUACAGAGCUGGACCUGUCCUCCUCCCAUUCUGCAGUCUCAGUCAUCUCUGCUGUUAUAGCUGUGGUUGGGGGCGUGGCCGUCAUGUUUAUGAUACUGGCCUGUUGCAGAAGGUAUUUUCCAAAGAAGCCAGAACCGAUAAACAGAACCGAUAAACAGAACUGAUAAACAGUGGUUGCUGUAAGAGGGACAGAUAACCAAGCGACACCUCAUACAUAUUUUAUUACGUUUUAGUAUUUUGUUUUAAAAUGUGACAUAUAUCCUAAAAGUAUGCACUUGAAUGUGUUGAUAUUAAACGUAACUUCAGAUUAUUUGUUAGACAAUAACCUGAAAAUAAGAAAUAACUGAAUUGUAUAAAUGUUGUUUUAAGAUUAAUAAAGUAACCCUGUU